AUGUUUGUGAGACUCUACCCUUCCGACAAGUACGUUCCACCGUCCGCUCUGCUCACACCCCCACUGACAGCUGCUCGACAGACUCAUCGAACUUCCAUUCGAGGCUCGCCGCAUCGAAGCCGUGGCCUCGAAACUCCAAGGCACCAAGACCAAGGCCGCCGAGAAGGGUGAUACGAUGGCGCUCUCCUCCAAGUCUCUGGCCGGGCCCGGAUACAUCAUCUUGAACGGGAUCCGGGUCAUGAAUAUCGUUGGCUUUCUGGCGGUCAUCACUGCCAGCGUGGUCAUGCUCAUCAAGAUCGACACCGACACGCAUCUGUUCUUUUUCGAUGCCCUGAGCCACGUUAUCACGCUCAUUACAAGCAGUGAGUAUCCUUCUUUCGAAAAGUCGUUGAAGCUGGCGCUGAUGCUUUCCAGUCUUCCUUGUCACUUCGGAGAUCUCGCUCUUCCGCGCCUACUUCGCGCGCAACUGGCCUCUGCUGAGCCCUUCGCAUGGCUUCGUCACGCUCGCUUUGGCCAUGAUCGUCCUCGGAAUCAACAUCAUGGGCAACCUCAACAAGCCCUCCGGCACCGCCAAAGAGCUCGGUCUCGCGUUCUGGCGCAUCGUCAUCGCGUCGGGGAUCCUGAUCUUCAUUCUGGGCCACAUCAACCUGCUGGCGGUAAGUCACCUCACCCCAUCAUUCCCAUGGUCUUCUUCUUCUCCUUCUUCUUCCUCUUCAGCUGCUGACGUCUCCCGCAGAGCUACAUCUUCCGCGACCGCAAGAACGGCAUCACAGCCCGCCAAGUCCGCGCCCACGGCGCCGUCGCCGUCCACAACAAGACCGCUUCUUCUUCCAGCUGCCACGCGAGCGACGUGGGCUCCUACACCCCACCAGCACCUGUCCUCGCGCAAUCGUACAUCCCCAUGCCCAUCGCGCCAUCCCCCACCAACGGCACCCGGAACCCCUUCCGCUUCAACAGCAACAGCGCCAGCAACCGCCCGCAAUCCCAGGACCUCCCGUCUUACCACUCCGCCUCCGCCGCCACGAAUCACAAAUACCAACCGAGCGUGACCACCACCACCACCGCUCAAGAAGAAGAUCGUCCCGUCUCCCCGACGUCGCGCUAUUCCCGCCUCACGAACUGCACCAAGAAGAAAGUCGGCGGGCUCUUCUUCGGUCGCGGCGGGAAUCGCGAAUCCCUCGCGCCGCCUCUCCCCGUCAACCCCCAGCAGCCUCAGAGGGAGAUGGAAAUCUCGGCGCCGAUGGGUGUGAAUCCGCAGUUUGCGCAUCUGGUCCAGCGGCCCGAUAGCGCGCUGCAUCCGAGUCGCAGUCAGGGGGAGUCGCAGGCGUUUCGGUGGAGGGUUUGA